AUGGUGUCAUCGAAUAUUACCAUUGUUGCCACACUAGUCAUCGGGGUUUUGUUGCUGAAAUGGUUCUUCCAAUCGGAUCAACAUCCUUCUGCUCAGCAAGUGAAUUCCACUCAACAGCAACAAUCAUCCACUGCAAGAAACACACGUAGACCAAAUUCAGGUGGAUCUUCAGGUUCCAACUCACGAGGUUAUCCUGUGACGGAAGAUAUGAUUCAAACAGUACAAAACUUAGCUCCAGAUCUACAUGUCGAGCAAAUCAAAUUAAGUUUGCAAGAAACUGGAUCUGUGGAGACUACUGUGGAAAGAUAUCUGAAUGGUCAAACAUUCCCCUAUCCUGCAAAUUUUUCUCCAAGUAGUGUCAAUAAUUUGAACAUCGCUAACACUUUACAACCAACUGAUCCAAGAAAGGUUAACCUUAUUAAGAGUGAAAAUUUAUUGACUAAAUAUCAUGUUGAUCUAAAUGAAUUUGAAGAUAUAGAGAUGGAUGAUGCUAAAUAUAGAGAGUUAGAUUUGGAUGAGCGGAAGAGAUACAUGAUUUGGAAGGCAAGAAGAAGUAUGGAGAAAAGGAUAGAAACAGACCCUAAACUUGCUGAAUUGUUGAAAUGA